AAGACCCAAACCUGCAUGGAUCCGUCCUGCCGCAUUGCUACAGUGUAUUUCGGUGCAGGGGUUGAAAGGAUGAGGAGGGAUGCCUGCUGGAGAUGUGUGCCCUGUGAGGAGCGGCCGCGCUCGCGCUCGCGCUCUCCUCUCCUCCUCCUCCUACAGGCUCGAGAGAACGCGCACAGGCGAGCACACGCGUGGCACGCGACCGAGCGCGUUCGCGAUUAUCGCUUGCGUCACUUCCUGCGCCCGCAGCACGCUGGGAGUCUUUUAGAAACUGGAGCCAGUAUGGAGGACUCUAUUGAGGUCAUGCUCCAGGAACGGAACUCUAAAUUACUGUACCAUUAUCGGAACAACCGAGUCCUUACUUUUGCGGCAGGAGCCAUCUUCUCUGGGCUCUACGGCCUCUGGGCCAUGUUCUGCCUGCCUGGGUUGAAAGUGCCAUUUCGGCUAAAGGUGCCAUUCUUGCCAUCCACAAAAGUUCAGACUGAGAAUGUGAUGAAGUUGCUUGAAGGGAGGCAAGGUUGGCUGGCUGACCUGGGUGCAGGAGAUGGACGAUUGGUGUUUGCAGCAUGCUCUGCAGGAUUUCAGUGCACAGGCUUCGAGAUCAACUCCAUGCUGUUAGCCUACUCUCGAGGCCAAGCAUGGUGGAGAGGGAUACCACACACUCAUGCCACAUUUGUUAAACAGGAUUUCUGGAAGACUGACCUGUCCAAAUACACAAACGUGGUUGCAUUCCUGGCUCCUGCUGUAAUGGCUGAUCUGGAGGAGAAACUCCUGAAGGAACUUCCUGUCGAUGCCCGGGUUGUAGUGUGUUCCUUCCCAUUUCCACACUGGCCCCACAGCUGCACUAUUGGCUCUGGACUGGACCAAGUCUGGGCUUAUAAUGUCUCCAGUGUGCGAGAGACAAGAGACGCGACUUCCUCUUUCAGAACACAUCCCUGAGCCAGCUAACUGAUUUAAAGUUUCUUCUGAGAUGUGUUUGUUCAGUAAUGUUGUGUUCAUAAUGAAGCUCAUAACAAGCAGAUUGCCUCAUGCUAUGAAGUGAUAAUGUGAUUUUCUUGGUCAUAAACAUUUUUGUUUAUAAGAUCACAUUCAUCUCCCUCUAGUCGUGCAGUUCUUUAGCUUUAAUGGAAUAAAAUGUUAAGGUAAGAA